CACAUACGAGGCGUGAGAAAUCAAAGUUUAGUAGCUUUAAAGGAGUCAUAUUCUGAUAAUGAUUACAAAUUGUUGUCCGAAAGUACUCUUUAAAUAAUGAUCUUUAAUCAAAAGAGCAGGUGAUAUUGAAAGGAUUACAUUAGAUAAUUUGAAUACAAAAUAUAAUAUUACCGAAGAAAGUGAUCCAGACCUUUUCAAAAAAUUGACUACAGCAUCGCGAGAGACAGUAUCAAAAUACGUUAGAUAUUCGAUGAGAGGAAAGAAGGGUAGAUUAGCCUUGCAUAGUCACAAAUGAAAUGCAAGAGUGCAUUGAUUACCUGAAGGAUAACAGACAUUUGUUUAGCUUAAGACCAGAGAAUCCUUAUCUGUUUGGGUUGCCUAGUAAAAAUGUUAAUCGGCCUCGGUACAUAAGAGCGACACAAAUAUUACCGAGUUAUGCAGAAAAAUCUGGAGUUAAAAAUCAUCUUAAAGUUAGAGGAACUUUUCUUAGAAAGCACUUAGCCACUUUCUGCUCUGCGGAAUUGUCAGAUCAAGAGUUUUCGAGUCUUGCUAAAUUUAUGGGAGACAAAGAUAGCACACAUAGAGAUUUUUACAGGUUGUCUGACAAAUUGAGAGAUCUUAUGGAAAUUUCCCAAUACCUUGAAAAAGCCCAAGGUAAUCUUCCCAAUGAGAGUAAAAUAUGGCACGAUGACAAUCAAUCUACUAGUACAACAAAGACAUCAGGUACUCAUACUAAUACAAAAUCUAAUAAGAAACAGCAAUUAUGCAAAAUUGAAGAACAUGAUGAACCUAACGAAGAAACUAUGGAAUCAGAUAUUAAACAUCAAAGGAGUGAGUUUUAUUUGUCAAUUUUAAUGUAUUACAAGUUGAUAAGAUAA